CACUUCGACCCGUGACCGCAUCGCCGGAAAUGAGGAAGUAGGAAGUCGAGUACAAGGCUGAUGUGGAUGUGGAAUACCACACAUUUCUUUAAGAUGAAUUAGUGUCGAUUAAAGCAAUUUACUCACGUCCAUCCAACACAAAUGUUGAGAUUUUUUACCGGUUUACUAAACCGAUAAUACCACAGCCAGUGUCGCGUGUUACCUGCGCUGGGAAAACAUGACUGACAGUUUUAGAUUACCUAUGAAGGGUGAACGUGUUUCUGCGGUGGUGACGCCCGUCAUUAUUUAUCUCUAUUAAUAGAUGCGACUCCCUGCAUUACUAAUGACAGAUAUUUAAUUCUCACACUGUAGACACUAGCUUUGUUUAUUUAUUAUAAUUUUUUAAUUCACCUAUUGGUCACUUAUUUCUAGUGAUUUCAAACUAAACAAUAUGCUAAGGCAAAUUUAACGUUUAAAGCACUAAACUUUAUCAUUCUUAAUUACUUAUGAGUUUCAUACUCAUAAAUAUUCAACCAAAUUCAUAUUUUGACACCUGAAGUCAUCAUGUCAUUGGCCGAACAGUCACAGAAGUGGUUUCCAACUCAUGUCCAAGCCACCGUACUUCAAGCAACAGACCUGCAACCAAAGGGCAAGAAUGGUACCAAUGAUGCCUACACUAUUAUCCAGCUGGGUAAAGAGAAAUACUCCACAUCAGUGAUGGAGAAAACCCUCAGCCCGGUGUGGAGGGAAGAGGCAUCCUUUGAACUGCCGGGUUUACUCAUGGAGAGCAAUCCAGAGGUUUAUGAGCUCUGCUUCACUGUGAUGCACAGGUCUCUGGUUGGGCUGGACAAGUUUCUGGGCCAAAGGAUCAUCAACUUGAAUGAGAUAUUUGACAAUAAGGAGCGACGGAAAACUGACUGGUACACUUUAGACUCACGACCAGGUAAGAAGAAGAAAGACAGAGGGAAGAUUCAGGUUAGCAUCCAGUUCAUGCGAAACAACAUGACCGCCAGCAUGUUCGAUCUGUCAAUGCGAGACAAACCCAGAUCGCCUUUCUCCAAGCUUAAGGAGAAGAUGAAGGGUCGCAAGCAUGACGGAGCCUUUUCAGACACAUCAUCUGCCAUCCUUCCACGCUCAGGACUGAGCGAAACAGAUUCUCUACCAGACCAGCAUCAGCACCCUCAGGCUCCUCCUGCACCCAAGCCAAAACGCUCGCUGCUCACUGGGACGCAGAAACUUUCAGCUGCUCACUCCAUGUCUGAUCUAUUCAGGCCAAAACUAGACUCUAUUGGGGACAAAGGAGUCACUGCAUCUCACAGACACUCUCAGAGUGAUGGAGUUGGCUUGCCAGCAAGCGACGUUCCAUGUGAUCCUUUUUCCGACAUCGGAGACAACAUGCCCCAGAAGUUCGCUACUCUCCCACGUAACCGCAAUCCCUUCGAGGGAGAUCAGGCGAUGACAUGGGGAACGGAGAAGAAGGAAAAGAAGGAGAAACUUGGUCUUCUGGGCAGAGUGACUGGGAAGAAAGAAGGAAAGAAGAAUGGGACAAAAACUGGCAGCUCUGGAGACCUGCGAUCUCCAAACCCCUUUACUUCAAGUGAAACCAACCCAUUCAUCUCACACUACAAAUCCAGUGACAACAUGAGAAAUCCCAGCAGUAAUGAGGACCUCACUCAGAAAUCCAAAACCUCUCCUGGCAAAAAGCUUGGUGUAAAAAACACAAGAGAAAAUGAGCUUGAACAUCUACAGACAAAUAUGGCGGCGUACAGCAGCCUUUCCUUUGAGGAAGUUGUACAGGAGCUCAUCAAGCAGAAGGAGGUGGUGAAAAAGAAAGAUGCUCAUAUUCGGGAGCUGGAGGACUACAUUGAUGACCUGCUGGUCAGGGUCAUGGAGGAAACACCAAGCAUCUUAAGAACACCAUAUGAGCCUAAGAGAAAAGCUGGAAAGUUCUCUAAGAAGUAAAGAUGCUCUUUAGAGUCUGGAAGGAGACCUGGUGUAUUGUUACUGCGAAUUAAAUUAUUGCUUAUUAAAGGACAUCUUGGUGGUGUUCAUGGACAUUUAGAUUUUAUGUCAAGGAUUUCUUAUGAAGGAUGAUGGGCGCUAAAUGUGGCGAUGCCAAAAACCCUUUAAGUUUUCGUGUCAAUAUUAUUUUGUUUAUUUUUUAGAAAAUCAUCUGAUCUGUUAUGAACUGGUACUUGUGAGGCAACCAUUUUCGAAAAAAAUCAUAAGCAGCCAUUCAAAAGUGUAUUUGUGUGAUGAGACCAAUAUUAUGUUUGUGCCGAAAAUAGCCUUUUACUUUGGAUUCAGUCAGUGGAAGUGAAUUCAGCACUUAAUACUAUGUACUUAAUACUGUGUUUUACAUUUAUUAUUUUGUAAUGGUAUAACUGGGGUUGACUGUGCAUAUGAGGCCUUUAAUUUACAUGUCCUGCAAAAACAUGUGUUGGUUACAUAAAGAAAUGCAUGGAUUACUGUGAGAUCAAGAAAUACGGUAAUACAUGGAUGUUUACUGGAUGUAUUCGCACCAGUGUGUACAGUUUACCGGAGGACCACGCUGGGUUUGACAGGGUCGUAUUCUUCUAUUGACGUUGAAGGUAUUAACACUGUAGAUGAUAUUGGUAUUUCAUGAGUACCUGGUUGAUUGAUACGUUGUAAGAUUUUGGUAUUAGACUUUUUGGUACUUUCACAAAGAAUACGUAUAUAAAAGAUACACUGGUACGGAGUUACACUACUACAUAUUUAUUUUGAGUUUGAU